AGCCAUUUUGGCUCAAGACCACCUUGGCCCAAGGCUUUCGGCACGCUGAGCUUCUGCCGCGCACCAUCGGCCUCUGUUGCUCCACUCCUGCCGCGAUGAACCACGUGCUGCUCUCAGCAUUCGCCGUCCUACUUGCCAGCCGUGGCUGCAUCGCCAGCGGUGACACCACCACCUUGCAGGACCGCCGCCUGCUGGAGACCACCACGGCCGACGGUGACCCACCCGACGUCACAGGCGCGGCGGCCCGUAGCGGCGGCCUCGGCACCAUGCUCCUGGCGCUCCUCGCGUUCACGUGCGUGGGCAACGCGGCUGGGGCCGCGGUGGACGAGUCCACCACUGCGCUCAGGAGUCUGGACAACCAUGUUUCCGUGAGGGAAACAGUGUUGCUGCAAACACAUACAGACACGCGGUCACGCCUGCAGUCCUCUGCCAUGAUUUUGUCUUCAUCGCGACUGGGGACAGCACGCACGGCGGCGAGCAGUUGGGUCGGCGCGGCAGCUGCGUUGGCGAAGCGUUCGGCGGGACCAGUUGGGAAGGGUUCGUUGAGUUUCGCGCAGAAUGCCGGCAUGCAGGUAAUGACCAAUUUCGGGUUCCAGGCGAUGGGCAUGAUCCCGGGCAUCAGCAAGGUUCCAUUCGUCGGUGAUUUCUUUCGCGCUUCGACGUCAGACAUGUCCAAUUCAGAAUUGGCUGGCAAAAUCGAGGGUGAAAUCAAGAAGGGCGUCCAGGAAGUCAAAGAGUCAUUGGUUCACAUGGAAGCCAACCUCAAAAGCCAUUUUGGUGACGCGAUCGAGAACCAGACUCAAGCGUUGUCUGAGAUCAUCUCGCACAACACCGAUGUGAUCGUCCGCGAAGUCACAUACAAUGCCAAGAUGACCCGCUCUGCGAUUGCCGACUUCAGGGAGGUGGUGGAGGCCAACCACAAGGAAACAAUGGCAAUUGCCGUCGAGCACUUGUAUGAAACCAGCUACCGCCAGUGUCUCGAGUACAGCACGGACAUUAUCACGAAGUAUCGGUUGUACGAUAUGGUGUUGAAGAACAUGCUGCUCGAGCGCACCAGUGUGCUGCAGAAGUUGAACAAGGGGUGUGGCGACGGCUAUGACAUUCAGUUGCCCGAUGGCGUGUCGAAUAGCAGUGUUGGCUACUCUUACUGCGCGACCGACGGUGGAAUGACGACAUUCGAUGUCAGUGCCGGUGGCGUUGUGGGCACGGCAGAAUGCAAGGAGGCUUGCGACGCCUCCCCAGCGUGCAGCGUUUACGGAAUGUAUGGGGCGUUGGACGGAGUGUCUAUAACACCCAAGUGCCAGCUGAUAUCAGACUGCCUGACGCAAGCCGACGUUACCGACGUGACGUAUCAGACGACGAAUGCCGGUGCAAUAUUUUGCAGGAAGCAGUCCCGAGCCCCAGAGGCCAGCUGCGGUGACGGCUAUGACAUUCUGUUGCCCGAUGGCGUGUCGAGUACCAGUGGUGGGUAUUCUUACUGCGCGACCUUCGGUGGAAUGACGACAUUCCCCGUUAGCACUGGUGGCGUAGCAGGCACGACGGAAUGCAAGGAGGCUUGCGACGCCUCCCCGACGUGCAGCACUUACGGAAUGUAUGGGGCGUUGGACGGAGUGUCUAUAACACCCGCGUGCCGGCUGAUAUCAGACUGCCUGACGCAAGCCGACGUUACCGACGUGACGUAUCAGACGACGAAUGCCGGUGCAAUAUUUUGCAGGAAGCAGGAGGCGCCUCCUACACCGGCGCCUACGCCGGCGCCUACGCCCGCAUUGGCGCUGUUGGCGCUGAAAGAGGCCGAUAUGCUGCACGGUUUCUUGAGCGGCUCUGGCUUGGGCACCGUCUCGGAUGCUCAGCGAUUGUUGGCGUGUUUCAUGCCGACGCAAUACAGCACCAGAAGUCUCCUCGGCAAAUUCGUAGACAAGGUGCGAACGCGUGACGACGACUCGAGCGAUGUCGAUUUUGAUGGCACGGAGAGGUGGCUGGCAUUGAAGCUCAUGCUUGAACUUCUCGAAGCUUCCGUGAUGAGUGUUGACUUACAGGACAUGCAAUUGGCAAUUGUUGACCACUUGGACAUUGGUCUGCGCAUGGAAUUCGCGCACGGUGUGGGGAAGCAGAUCGACCAGGCGUACGCGGUCCUUCGCGAAGAGCUGCAUAGUGCGCAGGCAGAGGUGCCGUUCUUGAACCUGUUGGACGAGAAUGUAACCGUGAUUGAGUAUGGCAGUGGCCCCGCUCCUGUUGGAGCUGCCUGCCGCACAGCCUUCACAAGCACGUCCGGGCGAAAAGUGAAGGAUUGGGAGUCCCGGUCAUCAGUGUCGAAGGCAGAUUUUUCUGAGAUAAGCCGGGGAGCAGUGGAGGACUGCAGAACCAUGACGAGCCUGAAUUGUGUGGAGGCCACUAUCUGGCUCUCCAUGGUCUGCGAGCACAAGCCCUCCGCAAUCGGAUAUAUAUGGGAAUGGACCUCGCAAUGGAGGUGGUCUCCGAAGAGCAGCGUGAGCGGUCGGGGCUGCGGCUCGCAGUUUCCAUACGCGUUUCGGUUUCAGACUGAUUCCGAUUCGGUGGAUACAACACGCAGCGAGACUUGGUGCCCAACAGCGCAGCAUUCCGGAGAUGGUUCUUCCACGCAGUACAGCACGAGGCAGAAGGUCGUGGCUUUUGCAUCAUUCUACGCUCUGGAAAUCUGAGGACGCUCUGUGUCGGUUUGGUUCCGAAGAGAGCCACGCUGAACAAUCUGGCAUCCCCUUGGAACAGCGCGCAUCCUUAUGCAACAGAGCUUAGAAGUGCUUGGCAGUAUACAUGUUGCAUUACGUCAGUACUCUUAUUCGCAUUGCUGUUAGGAUUUAUCAUUCUUUUAAUUCGAGUGUCAGUCACGGUGGUCGAAUCUCUGAACGCGUCUUGGCAACUCGUUCGCGUUGUCGUCACAAAGAACGACGGCGGACGUAUUCGCCCUGUCGACACAAAGAACGACGGCGGACUUAUUCGCGCUGUCGUCACAAGAACGACGGCGGACAAGUAUAACGACGGCGUAGAGAUAGGUGUCGGCUAUGAAAGGGGGCCUAUGCGUGCCCUUCAGACGGCGCGUGUAUUUUUGUGGAAAGAUGUAUCAUAUGGCUCGCAUAAGGCGCGGCUUGCAAGCAAACAACAAAAAAAAACAUGGCUUGAAGACAGCCCAAGAAGGCUUCAAGACAGCCAAGAUGCCUUC